AUGGCUUCCGGGUACCAUCUUAUCACCCUGUUCCUGGCAUUUCACCUUCUUUCCUCCUUUGCGUCUUACUCGAUUGCGUUCCCCGUCGAGCCCAGGGACACCCUCAACAACCGCUGUGGCCCCACUCUUGGUGCGUUGGACACUGUGGAGUUGGCUGUCAACCAGGUUAUGGAAGAUGCACUAGUGGCACACCCACAGCUCCAACACCAACACAGCCAGCACGGCCACCAGUUGGGGGAAGACCCCUCCUUGGUACCUGGCUAUCAUGAGUUGGCAGUGCAGUUACUGAAAGAGUCGGACAUUAGACAUACUCCCCGGCUUCUGGAGAUACUUAGAUUACGAGGCAUCAAGGCAACCUUCUUCAUAACUGGCAAUAAUCUGAGCAAAGGGCAAAUGGACGAUCGCUCUACAGCCUGGCCUUCAGUUAUCAGCAGAGCCUACAAUGAAGGCCAUCAGAUCGCUUCUCACACGUGGGAUCAUCGAGACCUGAACACUCUGACAGAGACUGAGCGACAAUAUCAGAUGACCCGAAACGAGCAAGCGUUCCUUAUUGGCCGCUACCCAACUUAUAUGCGGGCCCCGUUCAUCCAGUGCAAUAGAGAGUGUCUGAGGACAAUGGAGAGGCUGGGAUACCAUGUGGUGGUGUGGGAUCUUAACACUGAUGAUUACAACAAUGUCACCCCGGAGUUGAUACAGAGAUCGAAGGAUAAUGUGGACACGGCAUUGGAAGGAUUGAACAGCAAUUACAAUAGUCUCUUGAGCAUAGCGCACGAUAUACAUGAUCAAACGGUUAACAAUUUGACGGAUUACCAGAUCACUGCUGGAUAUCAGCGUGGGUAUAGAUACGUGACUGUCGGGGAAUGCCUUGGUGAUCCACAGAGUAAUUGGUACAGGACACAGUGA